ACUUUAUUUUAUAAUCUUCAAAAACUAUAUAUUAUAAAAGUUUAUUUUAAUGUGUGUUAGCCAUGGCCAUCUCCAAAUUUCUUCUUGUUACUAUGGUUUUGAUUUCUCUACUUGUUUUUCGUCCUGUGGAAGCUAAUGGCAACGGUGACGGUGACAAUUUAGCGGUGCACACGGCUGGACCAGAGGGUGCUAACAACCCUACUUACAUCCCUACAUCAGAGUGUGGAACAGCAUGUGAGGCAAGAUGUAGUCUAGCAUCAAGACAUAAAAUGUGUUUGAGAGCAUGUGGGACUUGUUGCACUCGUUGUAAUUGUGUGCCUCCAGGCACCUCUGGGAACCAAGAUCUUUGCCCUUGUUACCGUGACAUGCUCACUCAUCAUGGCAAGCACAAGUGUCCCUAAAUAUAUAUAUAUAUAUAUAUAUACUUAUACAUAGUAAUAUAUGUAUAACAUAAAACUUUUUAAGAAGUGAUCAAAAAUAAAACGCGAUAAAUUUUAGAUGAUUUUUAGAUAUUUUAUUUAAUUUUUUAUCGGCUUGAAAAUUUGCGAUUUCUUUUGUAUCGACCUAUAUGCGCGAUCGCGUGUUCUAGAUGAUAAAUGUCACUCGUGUAGUCCCUAUAUCUUUGGCAAGUUUUGUAAGUUGUUACAUAUCUUAUUACUUUUUAACUUUUUUGUGAUAUAAAUAGUUCAAGUUAUAAAUUUUAUGUUAAAGGA